AUGUCUGAAGCAAUCCUGCAAGCGGAGCUAGCAGUCGCCAAAGCCCAAUUGGCUCUGGCGCAGGCGCAGGAAGCCGCACGCGCUAAACUUAUGAUCGCUGUGAAUGAGGUUGCAGCGAUUACAUCAAAUUCAGCGGCUGGCGCAUCAUCAUAUGUACCGGAUGCUGUGGACUCGAGCAGGGCCCCUAGCGACAAGCGGGAUUGUACACCGACGGCGGGCGUCGAAGAGGCAGCCGGCAAAGGCGCGAGAAGCGCAAAUAUCAUCGAAGGCGCGACGAACUGCGGCAACGAUAGCACUCACGUUGAGACUUGGACGAAGCUGGUCGAGGAACCGUUUGCAGACGACGCUCGCGACCCUGCCGUGCCCGACAUCGACUUAACCGUUGACGCAAUCGACGCUCGCGACUUUGUCGUACCCGACAUCGACCUGACGAGCGACGCCGAACUCGACACGCAGCCGGACGUUGAUAACCAACAGCUGACUCGUGAGCUCGCAGAAGCGUCCGAAGAUGGGGACGUUACGGAGCUCGGUGACAAACGCGGGUCGGAGCGUGCGGAGAAGACGAGACGGUCGUCCGCGCGGGUCGGUCGAGUGGCAACUCGGGCGAUCCUAGCUAAAGAGGAUAACGCGGAAACCACGGAGUCUGCGACGUCAGCUUCGAAGAGGAAGAUGAGCGCCACGGGUGGGCAGAGUUCGUGCGAGGAACUUGAGGAGGAGGGCGACGAAGUUGGCGCAGGAGGCGUACUCACUGUCGCGCUCAACAAGGGCGCCGCUCCGAAGGGAUCUGUCUUCGAAUUCGCUGACUCCGUCAUGCGCUUCGCGGCGUUUGCGUUUGCGUAUGCUAGCCUGUGGGGCCCCGACCAUCAAGAGCUCGUGAUCUCGAUGAUCAAACCACUGGUGCAGUUGGAGCUGGCCCAUAGGUUUGAGCUCGGACAGGAGAUGCCAGGUCUUCCUCCGAGCGCGAUUUCCUGGAUCUCGAGCCGUCGUGCGGCAUGCAAGGUCGACGACCCGAGCUACGUGCGCAACGCGCUCAAGGAGAUACACUUAGAGCACAAGAUGCUCUCGUGCAUCAGCACUCUGAGGUCUGUCAAGUUUGCUGACGUCGCGCUCAUGCACGGAAGGCGGGGGUACAUCUUGCUCGUGCGUGGAAUGCUUCAGGCUCGCGCGAGCAACAUCCUCGGGGAAGACUGGGCGCCGUGCGUAGGUGAAGUCGCCCGGCUGCUCCACGCUCUGGUGCGGGCGAACAACGGCGAAGACAUGGAAUUCAGCGUCAGGGACCCCGUGCUGGCCGCGCUUACCACCAUCGAUCACAGCGCUACCGUUGUCGUGACGGCGAUUCUAUCGAAGCGUGCGGACGAGCUGAAGGAGAUGAAUACAGGCGGGUUCAGGUCCAGCACGAGCAGUCCAAAAUCGAUGAAGCGUGCCAGACGGUCAGCUUCAGCUUCGCCGAUUAAGGUGCCGGGACCAUCUACGAGUCUGAGGUCGAGACCGCGGGGAAUCAAGAAGGCGCGCGGAGUUGGCGAAGGCUCAUCCAAGGCUUCGGCGGAAAACUGA